AUGGGACACGUGCGAAUGAAGCUCCAGGCAGAACCUUCUGGAAGGGCCAGUCGAACCAGGCAGCCAUUGCUCCUCUCGGUCCUGGCUGUUUAUUUCCCACUCGUUUCCCUCAGCCCAGGGCCCAAGCGGCCCAACAGCACUGCCGACCCGGGCCAAAGGGCCCCGUCGGUCACCGGCCCCGGCCCAGGGGGCGGGGAGGCACCCGCAGCUUCGUGCCCACGCGGCCCCACUCGGGCGGCCGUGUGCGGCGCGGUCGCGAGGGGGCCGGUCGGGGCCCGGGCCCGGCGGGGCGCUCCCCCCGCGCGCGUCCUCCCCGCGCCGAACGUUUCCGCGGGCAGCUCGGCGGGGGCGGGGGCCCCGGCGCAGGCCCGACCGCGCGACGCGACCCCGCGCCGGGACGAAGGGCGCCGGCGGCGCGGCCCGGGGCGGAGGCUCCGGCGGGGGCGGAGAGGAGAGCGGGCGCGGGGGCCGGGCCGGCCCUGGGCACCGGGCGCGCUUCCGCCGGCCGCCGCGCGCGCCGCGGUCCAUGGGAGGCUCGGCGGCGGGGGCGGGGGCCGCGCAGCCGGGGAGUUUCAGGAACUGGCGGAGCGGGCGGCGGCCGGAGUCGCCGAGCGCCCACACUCGGGGCCGAGGCGGAGCUGCCGCCGCGCCGGGGCCCAGCCGUAGCUGCCCUCAGCGUCGCCUGCCCGCCUCGGGCCGACCGCGCGGCGCGGGAGAGGAGCCGGCCGUCCCGGGCCGGGGAUCCGCCCGCCAUGGCCACCAAGGCUCGGGUUAUGUACGACUUUGCCGCGGAGCCCGGGAACAAUGAACUGACGGUCAGCGAAGGGGAGAUCAUCACAGUCACAAACCCGGACGUUGGUGGAGGCUGGCUGGAAGGAAGGAACAGCCGAGGAGAGCGAGGCCUGGUGCCCACAGACUACGUGGAGAUUUUACCCAGUGAUGGGAAAGACCCAUUUUCCUGUGGGAAUUCAGUGGCCGACCAAGCCUUCCUCGAUUCGCUCUCAGCGAGUGCGGCUCACACUAACUCAUCAGCCGCCAACAGCAACAGCCAGGUUGGCAGUGGCAGUGACCCCUGGUCAGCCUGGACUACCCCCAAACCUGGAAACUGGGACAGCACGGACGGCUGGGGGCCCAAGCCGGAGGGGACGGCAGCUCCGAGAAGCACCGCCAACAACUGGGACAACGCCUUCGGUCACCCCCAGGCCUACCCGGGACCAGCCACUGGGGACGAUGACGACUGGGACGAAGACUGGGACGACCCCAAGUCGUCCUCUCCCUACUUCAAAGACUCCGAGGCGGCCGAAGCAGGCGGCGCCCAGCGCGGGAACAGCCGUCCUGGCUCCUCGUCCAUGAAGCUGCCACUCAACAAGUUUCCUGGAUUUGCAAAACCUGGGAUGGAACAGUAUUUGUUGGCUAAGCAACUAGCAAAACCCAAAGAGAAAAUUCCUAUCAUUGUCGGAGACUACGGCCCGAUGUGGGUUUACCCUACCUCCACCUUCGACUGCGUGGUCGCGGACCCCCGGAAGGGCUCCAAGAUGUACGGGCUGAAGAGCUACAUCGAGUACCAGCUGACGCCCACGAACACGAACCGAUCUGUAAACCACAGGUACAAGCACUUUGACUGGUUGUACGAACGUCUCCUGGUUAAGUUCGGGUCAGCCAUUCCCAUCCCUUCUCUUCCAGACAAGCAGGUCACAGGUCGCUUUGAGGAAGAGUUCAUCAAGAUGCGCAUGGAGCGGCUGCAGGCGUGGAUGACCAGGAUGUGCCGCCACCCGGUGGUGUCGGAAAGCGAGGUUUUCCAGCAGUUCCUAAAUUUCCGGGAUGAAAAGGAAUGGAAGACUGGGAAGAGGAAGGCGGAGAAGGAUGAGCUGGUGGGCGUCAUGAUAUUCUCCACCAUGGAGCCAGAGGCCCCCGACUUGGACCUGACGGAAAUAGAGCAGAAGUGCGACGCCGUGGGCAAGUUCACCAAGGCCAUGGACGACGGCGUGAAGGAGCUGCUGACCGUGGGGCAGGAGCACUGGAAGCGCUGCACAGGACCGUUGCCCAAGGAGUACCAGAAGAUCGGCAAGGCGCUGCAGAGCCUGGCCACGGUGUUCAGCUCCAGCGGCUACCAAGGUGAAACGGACCUCAACGACGCGAUAACGGAAGCGGGGAAGACGUACGAAGAGAUCGCCAGCCUCGUGGCAGAGCAGCCAAAGAAAGACCUGCACUUCCUCAUGGAGUGUAACCACGAGUACAAGGGCUUCCUCGGCUGCUUCCCUGACAUCAUCGGCGCGCACAAGGGAGCAAUAGAAAAAGUGAAAGAAAGUGAUAAGUUGGUGGCGACCAGCAAGAUCACCCCCCAGGACAAGCAGAACAUGGUGAAGCGUGUCGGCACAAUGUCCUACGCGCUGCAAGCCGAGAUGAACCACUUCCACAGCAACCGGAUCUACGACUACAACAGCGUCAUCCGCCUGUACCUGGAGCAGCAGGUGCAGUUCUACGAGACGAUUGCAGAGAAGCUGAGGCAGGCCCUCGGCCGCUUCCCGGUCAUGUAGAGCAGACGGAGUGCGACAAGGAGACCUCCGAAGUGCUUCUCCUGACCCGGGGCAACGCCGUUCAAUAUUCUCCCCCAUCAUCCGGAAGGAAGGAAAGAAAGAAAACCAAAAAGUUAAUGGAGAUGCAAAAAAAACGACAUUUAUUUUAUUACCAGCCUAAAUGCAUCAGUUAUAUCGUCUUCUUUUCUUCGUUUCUACAUCCAUUAUUUGAGCCAGUGGAAAUCGUCUCUAUUUUUGGAAAGUAUUUAAAAUUAGCAAAAUUUUGAAUGGAAAAUUAGAGGUUUCCCCACCGAUAUUUUCUAUAAAAUUGUAACUUUCGGGUCGCCCAUAAUCUUCCAGUUCUUACCCGAGGUCAGAUAAUUACUAAUUGCUUUCUUAAAAGUAUGAAAUAUGCCAGAAUAAAAGAAAAUACAUUUGUAUAUAUUUUUAUAAUUCUCUUCAGUGCUUUGAGACGCCUGUCUCUUUGGGAAAAACUACAUGCCUUUCACUGACAGAAAUGCCUAAGGCUCAGUGCUGAUGGUUUUCAGGAGAGGAAGCGAGGGGGGGCCCUGGCUGCGGGGGCUGCCCGGGGGCUCCUCCUUUCAGAGGCUGCAGCCGGGCAGAGUGCGAUGCCGGGCUCCAGGACCCCCCCCCCACCCCAGGAAGGGUGCUCUGGUGUCCUCGAGGGGCGCCGUCCCUCCGCUCCCUUCCUCCCUGAGCAGGCAGGCUUUGUGCUGGGAGGAGCGCGUGGGAGGAGUUGGAGUCGGUUUUCAAAUACUCUGACUCUGCCCCCUGGGAUGGAGCAGCCGCACUGACCCACUCCCCCACCCCCACCCCCAUGCUCAGGAAGGAGUGCACCAGGGUGGGUGUGGGGGCGCAGGCAGGAUCCUCCGGGGCUUUGACCUGCCCCGGUCUCCGGCUGCCCAGCCAGGCGCAGUGGGAGAAGGGAACAGGGUUCGCCCCUUGACCCCGCCCACUGGUGAUGUCGGAAAAGAUGGGAAACCCAGUUCCGAGAGCCCCUCGCAUCCCCUCCAAACAGGAAAGCUUAGGGACUGAGAAGCACAGCAACCUGAGUCCUGUGCGCUGAUCCCCGGCCUGGCGGCCUUCCUCCUGACUGCACCCCGGCUUCAGGCAGAGUGCCCCCCCACACACACCCCGCAGUCACUGGGACUGCGGUCAGUGGCCUGAACCGCGGCCGGGUCUGUAGACCGGUGGCUUCCCCCUGGGCCCAGGGCCCCGCCCUGCACCCUUGCCUUACCCGUGAGCCCCACGGCCGGCCGUCACUCCCCUGGCCUGGCGACUGCCUUCCGGAGAGCGGGACCUUCGGCCCGCAUACAGUGAAACCAAAAACUACGUAGGAGGGGAGACCAGACGGGCAUGAAGGAGAACUUCGUGUUCCUCAGUUUCACGGGUUUUUGUUAAUGUUUUAUAAGUAAUUUUCCCUACCUGAUUUUUCUUUUAUAAAAUCUAAUAGAACAGUGUUUAUGAUACACCAUUUAAUAUAUGUACAAAUUGUAAAGAAUAUGUAUAAAUGUUUACACAAAUGUAAGAGCAUGUAGAAGCCAACAUAUAAACAAAUUGUUUAAAAAAACUGUACAGUAAAUUCUCAAAACACUUUUUCAAAACA